GACAUAUACAACUAAAUGAACUGUUAUGCUCGUGUAAUUUUAAAGGUGUUAUAAAGAUGGAUAUGAGUAUUAAAUUAUAGAGCCUAAUAUGACGACCAUUGCAUUUUGGUGCCUAAUAGCAGUUUUAAAGACACUUGAAUGCACCAAUGUCACAUUGACCAUAGAACCGCAAGUUACUUUCGAAAAUAACUCGGUGUUGUAUAAAUGCACAGCAGGAUAUGAUGCUCCGGUGCUUGAACUCAGCAGCGGGCAAUCACCAACAAGUUUGAGUAGGAUCUUAUAUUCAAUAUAUACCGUACCCAACUGUACAGUUAAAUUUGCCAUCAACAGUACAGUUUUUAUCGAUAGCUGCAGUUGCGAUAAGAACAAUCUUGUGUGUAUAACUGAAUCAAUAACAAGAGAGCAAAGUGGAUUUUGGAAGUGUCAAGACUUUUUUGCAUCAGACAGGUUCAGUAAUCUAGUUGAACUGAGAGUAUCAGUGCCCAUAACAGAAGCAAUUAUAGCGUCAGAUGAACUGAAUGUUAUAACAAUAAACGAUACGGAGCAGCUAACCUUGACAUGUGAAGCCCCAGAUGGGUUACCGGCUGCUAAUAUCAGUUGGUUCUUGGACAAUAGAUUCUCAAAUGUGUCAAACGAUGAUGAAAAUAUAACUGCCCUUUCUGUAGUCGAGAAUUACCCGGCAAACGAUGGAUUAUCAACUGCAGUUAGUAAUGUUACAUUAAAUGCCAGCGCGGGACAUAAUGGAAUGGCGAUCUAUUGUACUGCAAGUAACAUUGCUGGAAUAAUGGUUGUAAGCAGAAGGAUUCACCUUAAUGUGAGAUACAAAUCACAAACAACAAUUUUGGUAAAUAAUCAAACAAAUGAUAUCAGCUUUUACCUGAUGCGAAAUUCGAACAUAAAUCAAUCUUUAAAAUGCCAAGUUUACGGUGGAAAUCCUCUUGCAACUCUGAAAUGGUCUUGCUACGAUGGUAUUCAAAGCGACGAGAAUUCACAGUCCAGUGCUAUAAGUACCGUCACUUGGAUUGCUACUGAUUUGACCGAAUCAACAUGCAACUGCUCUGCAUCAAAUAUUUUUGGAUGGACGGAUCGGCGUGUUGUGUACAUACAUGUGUACUAUGAACCAACUCCGCCAGUGUGUACACUUGGCAAUACCACUUUGCACCAAGACGUUAUAAACAUUAUUUUAAACACAAGUUUAAGCAUUACUUGUAACAGUGAAGGGAACCCGUCUCCUGACAAUUUUACUUGGAUGUGGCCAACAAGCAACAUAUCUGAAGGAAAAACCCUUUCAAUCAGUAAUGUUCAAAUAUCACAUGAUGGGUUAUACACACUUAGUGUUCAGAAUCUCAUGGAACCUAGCAUUGGGCAAGUCGUCAACGGACGUUCAAAUGCAACGUUUGACAUAAACAUUCAAUAUGGUCCGCGAAACCCUAACUUCGUUUUUGGACACAAUGGAAAGAACAUUCCAUCAGGGGUCGUGUCUGUAAUUAAAGGCAAAGAAAUCAGUAUUGUCGCCUUUGCUGAUGCUAAUCCGACGUCGUCGUACAAGUGGUCGAACAAUCAAGUUGGAGAGACAAUAUCACAAGUGUUCAAUUAUGACGUAAGCAUUUCUUGCAACAUUUCAAAUGAGCUGAAUCCGAUUGGUGCUUCUACAAUUCAACAAAGUAUUACGGAAAUACUUCAGUUUGAAGUACUGUAUCCCCCAGAAGUUCCUAUUCUUCAGUUUAAAACUUGUAACAGGAUCAUCGGAAUUCAAGAUUCGAUUUUAAAAGUACUUGUCGAUCAACCCUUAAAUGUGACAUGUUUUGUAAAAGCAAAGCCGGAACCCUCCUUUAAAUGGAACAACGCACUUUCCAGUGAAUUGGUAUUUGCAAACACGUCAAAAAUUUACUCAGCGACAUACGUUUGCAAUGCCCAUAAUACCAUGAAUACAUCAUAUGGGGAAAUUCUUGAGGGUCAAAAAGAGAUAUCAUUUUACCUCGAUGUAUUAUAUCCACCAAAAAUAACAAAUGUUGAAAUUGAGUUCGUCGCUUGUCGAAGGUACAACAUUUAGUAUAUAUUGCAAAGUGUCGCUAGGAAAUCCAAGAGAAACGUUCGUUACAUGGAAAAGUACAACCAAAGCUACAG